CACUGUCGUCCACGGUAGCUCUUCCUCCACGCGAACACAACCACUAGAACACCUCGCCGCCUCCGCCGCCGCCGAGGACGACGGCGACGAUGUGGCGUCCGCGAGCUCGUGCUCUCCUCCUCCUCCGCUCCUCCAUUCCCAGGUCGCCACCGCCGCAUCCACCACAACAUCCCACUCGAACCCUUGCCCGAGCCCUACCUCCGCGCCUUCUCUCCCGCUUCCUCUCCUCCUCUCCGGAUCCCAUUCCCGAUGCCACUUCCUCCUCCGCGGAUCCCUUCCCCGAAGCCUCCUCCUCCCAGACCGCCGCUGCCCUAGAUGGUGCCACCGAGGCCGGGGAAGACAACUUGAGCUCGAUGUGGGAAGAUGCUGGGGAUGCCGACGACAUCUUCGCAUCCCCCGGCGGUGCUGACCCCGUAGCCGACGACGAGGAGGUCGCUCGCGUUCGCGCCGUCGUGGAGGACACUCCAGAGGACAAGUUGGCCUCCACCCUCGCCGACAUGGUCGUGGACUUCAACGAGCCGCUCCUCGCUGCUGUCCUCCUUGCUGCCGAGCAAUGUUCCUGUAAGAAGCUGAUUUCCCUGUUCAACUAUGCAGCGAAGAACAACCCAGCGGCCAAGAGCCUCUCGAAUCUUGAGAUCCUCGUGAGCAAGGUAGCUGAUUCUGAUGAGAUUGACAAGAUGGACGCAUACUUGCUUUGGGAUUCGGUUAAGGAAAUUGGCUCUGUGCCAGGAUCAGUGAGCACACCGUUGUUGAAUGAAAUGAUCGCAAUAUUCUGGAAGCUUGAGAAGUCGAAGGCAGCUCUGGAGGUGUUUGCCAAGUUCUAUGAGUUCGGUUGUACUCCGGACAGUAACAGCUAUUAUCUGGUGAUUGAAGCGGCACGAAAGAAGUCAAUGUUCCGCUCUGCUUGUGAAGUUUGUGAGAAGAUGAUUGACUCUGGCUGCUUCCCUAACGGUGAGAAGGUAGGCAGAAUUGUGACUUUCCUUUGCGAUGGGAAGAAGGUCAAGGUUGCACAUUCAUUGUACCUAGCAGCAAAGGAGAAGAAGAUUCAGAUCCCAAAAUCAGCCUUGGAUUUCCUUGUCAGUGGUUUGGCGAGGAACGAUGAGACCAUUGGUACUGCUCUGGAGAUGCUGGAAGAGUACCAAGAGGAGUCGCUUAAGCAUGCAGGCAAGUCCUUUGCCACAGUUGUACAUGCUUUGUGUAGGACAAACAAAGUGGAGGAUGCAAAAAAUUUGUUGACGAGGAUGGUGCAGCUUGAAGAGUACCAAGGGGAGUCUCUUAAGAAUGCAGGCAAGACAUUUACCACAGUUAUACAUGGUUUGUGUAGGAAAAAGAAACUGGAGGAUGCAAAGACAUUGUUGACGAGGAUGGUAGAUCUUGGCCCAGCUCCUGGUAAAGCAGUGUUUAAUUUUGUCAUCACAGCAUUCUCGAAACAGGGAGAAAUGGAGGAUGCAAAAGGUUUGAUGAGGUUGAUGGAGAGCAAAGGGGUCAGUCCUGAUAUCUAUACUUACAGUGUGCUAAUGAGUGGCUACGCGAAAGGAGGCAUGAUUGAUGAAGCCCAUGCUCUACUUCGUGAAGCAAAAAAGAUUCACCCAAAAUUAAACAGGGUUUGUUACCACAUUCUUAUCCGUGGAUACUGCAAGAUGGAGGAGUUUGAGAAAGCCAUUGAUUGCGUAAAGGAGAUGAGGAAAGAUGGGUUGCUGCCAAAUGUGGAUGAGUAUGGAAAACUGAUUCAGUCAUUGUGUCUCAAGGCUGUGGACUGGAGAAGAGCUGAGAAACUCCUGGAGGAAAUGGAGGAUAGCGGUUUGUGCCUUAAGGGUAUAAGUCGCAGUCUUAUAGCUGCAGUCAAGGAGUUGGAAGCGGAGGAAAUGCAGUCAAAGGCAAGCCAGGAAGCAUAGUUUUUCUAGAAUACACUUGGGGUGAUACAGCUGCUAAUUAAUUUUUGGGCAGCUAUUAGUUUUUUGAGCUUUGCAUCUCUGGUGAGCUGGCAAGAAACAUCUUUGGCACUUGUGUCUGUUUGUUGUUAUUUACUACAAUAAUUUUGCAUUUAUUUAAAUGCUAGACUGACAAAGAAGAGUAUUUAGUUUUGGUCUAAGGCUGCUGUUCAUUUCUGUAUGAGGAUUUCCAUAUGUCGUGCUAAAUUUAGAGAAUUUCUUCUCCUCA